GAGAGAGAGAGAGAGGAAAACCCUAAUAUUUUUUCAAUAGCGGCCAACGAGUUGGAAGAAGGAUGAUGCCGAGGAUGUGCGAUCUUGGGGAGAAAUUGGUUGUGGAGAUAUUCAAGAGGGUUCCGAUAACAUCACUGAAGGCGGUUCGAUCCACUUGCAAAACAUGGGAGGCUAUAACGAAAAGCUGGGUGGUUUUGGGUAAAAAAGCAGCAGAUGAGUUUCUUCUGGGGUUCGUGAAGAUGAAUAACAAGGUCUACUCUCUGAGGUACCAUCAAGGAGAUGUAUCGGUACAGCAGGUAGAUCUGCUUAAUCAGUUGGAGAUAUCCGCAGUAUAUCACUGCGAUGGGUUGGUGUUAUGCGUGGCUAAGGACCUUUUGAAGCUGGUGGUGUGGAACCCUUACCUGUGUCAAUCAAGGUGGAUCGGACCGAGAGGAGAAAGCUUCGAGGCAAGCGACAUUUACGCCAUCGGAUACUCGGAGGAUAAGAAUAAGAAGCGCGACCACAAAAUCCUGAGGUUGGUGGAUGACAACUGUGUCGCUGGACCAGUACUAAACGUUUUCAGGUGCGAAAUCUAUGAAAUGAGCAGCUCUGAUUCAUCAUGGAGAGUCCUCGAAGAGGCGAAGCCCAAGUGGGAGAUAGAUGUGCAUCAGCGAGGGGCGUCUGUCAACGGUAACACCUACUUUUUUGCUCAUGACAGAGUUGAUGAUAUAGAGCCUGACGCUGACGGAUCGAUCCCAGUUGACGGGGUUGAAGAUUUCUUACUCUGUUUUGACUUUACCAAAGAGAGGUUUGGACCACGCCUCCCUCUUCCUUUUCACUCUUUCAAUGAAGACUGUGUCACCCUCUCAAGCUUCCUUAGAGGUGAUGGUGAUGAUGAGCAGCUUGCGGCCCUGUUUGGUGGUUGUGAAUCAAGCUUUUUUGAGAUUUGGCUCACCCUUACUCUGGUUGAGCCCGACCAUGUGUCCUGGACAAAGUUUUUGCUAGUGGAAACGGGGGGCCCUAUAUUCACUUCUUUACAUUUUCAGCUUAGCACAUAUUUUGGUGGGAGCUUCUUUGUUGAUGAGGAAAACAAAGUUGCUGUGGUGUUUGAACUAGACUCAUAUAUAUCCAUCUCGGCUCCUCCUCCGAGUCAACACACCGCUUUUGUGUUUGGACAAGCCGGCUACAUCCAAUCUGUUAAUCUCGGACAGGCUCUCAAACUCCAACACCUUUCCCGCUAUUCCGGAAAGCACUGUCAAGCUCUUCUUCCCCCACUUGUUUGCUCUUCCUCUUUUCGUCCAACCUUAGUCCAAGUCAGUUGA